AUGACUUUAUGGGGAGAUUUCGCUGAAAUCGAAGGUCAAAUGUUACAGAGCCUUGAAAGUGACAAACCAGUGCUUGCCUUUUGUGAUGUAAACUCAUCGAUUUACCAAGGGGAUUUUGUCCUUUCCACGACACCUGUUAGUAGUUUGCUAAUAAAUCCACAAUUUGAAAAAGCAAACAAUCUCCAAGAAUGGAAUGACAAUAUGAAGGCACAAAAGAUUGACUUAAGUCUAAUGCCAAGCAGACUAAUGCAAACAGCCAGCCAAGUGAAAAAUACUAAUAUUUUAAACGGUUCACUUGCCAUUGUGAAGGACAUGUACUAUAAGUUCAAUGCUACGAUUUCCGGCAUUGACAAUAGCACCGACCCAUGGUAUCAUGCUUGCAAGAAAUGCUACAUGAAAGUUACUAUUAUAAAAAGUAGUGCAACUUGUACCUACUGUAGGGCUGAAGAUAUUGAUUAUGAGGAGAGAUAUCGGUUAAAGAUUGAUGUCACUGCUGAGGAUCAAUUCCUAAGGAUUACAUUGUUUGAUGCUGCAAAAUACUAUUUUAGUUGUGACGUAAAAGACUAUGUUCUCUCUACAUCUGAAAAGAUUGAUCGUAACUUUCCAAAUGUUGAGACAAACAUGAAUGUGAUAGCUAUGGAGAUACAUGAGGUUCCAAAAAAAUUUGCAGCAGAUCAAACCAAGGUUAAAACCCCGAUUAAAAAACAAAGAUGUAAGAGGAUGAAGAAACUAAGUGAUAAUAAAAAAAUGAAAGAAAUAGCUGCAGACAUACCUCAUGUUGAAAAAGAUAUUGCAGCAGUUGAAACUGACACUGAAAGCCCAGAAAAAACAAAUAGAUGCAAGAGGACCAAGAAAAUUAAGGAAGUCACUGCAGAGGAAAAUCCACAGAAAGUGAGGAUACAUAAGGUUGAAAAGCAGAAUGUACCAGAUGAAAGUGACGACGAAACCCCACUAAUUUAG